ACAAAGUGCCUCUUCGCCGCCACAAGUCGGAAUAAACCAAUUGAAUAAAAAUGCUGCGUGAAAUAUUGCUCCUAAUAGUAGGGGCUGCCAUGGUAAUGGCGCAAAGAAGAUUAGCCCUUCCAGAUCCAAGAAGUUGUGCCAAUCGUGUUCGUCAUGCGACAUACAGAGACGCCAGAGGCGUGACACACUCCUACUUCUUCAGUUGGGAACAUCAGCCAACCAGAAGUUUGGAAGUCGACUGGCUGGACGCCAGGAAUAUCUGCAGAAGACACUGCAUGGACGCCGUCUCCCUGGAAACGCCACAGGAGAACGAGUUCAUCAAGCAGAGGAUAGCACGCGGCAACGUCAGAUACAUCUGGACGUCGGGCAGGAAAUGCAACUUCGCCGGUUGUGAAAGGCCCGACUUGCAACCACCAAACAUCAACGGAUGGUUCUGGUCUGGAUCCGGUGCCAAAAUCGGACCAACCACCCAAAGGAACUCCGGCGACUGGAGUUACACCGGAGGUUACGGACAAGCCCAGCCUGACAAUCGUGAAGCCGCUCAGGGCAAUGACGAAUCCUGCCUCUCGAUCCUCAACAACUUCUACAAUGACGGCAUUAAAUGGCACGACGUCGCUUGCCACCACGUCAAGCCGUUCGUUUGCGAGGACAGCGAGGAACUGUUGAACUUCGUCGCCUCAAGGAACCCAGGAAUCCGUCUAUAAGUUAGUUAGACCAAGUACCCUUUCAUCCCCGUGACGGGUCGGUUUCUCUUCGGUUUUGCGAAGAGGAAGGCGGCUCCCUUUAAUAGUUUUCCCUUUCCUCUCUUCGAUCCCAACCCCGUACCUUCGCAUGUGAAUAUUGGCUUAGUCCUUUUUAGUUUUUAGUAAUUAUUGUAUCUAUUUUAAAUUAUAUUUUAAUAUUAAAGAUUUAUAUUUACAUU